GAGGAUGAGCCGACAGCCCCGGCGCGGAGCGCGGCAGGACGCCCGCCGAGCCAGCCCGGCGCGGCGCUGAGCAUCGCCCACCAGCCGUGUCGGGGUCCCGCCGAGCCCCCCGCGGGUGGGUGCCCCCGGCAUGGACGGCCGUGACUUCGCGCCCCCGCCGCGGCUGCUGUCGGAGCGGGGCAGCCUGGGCCACCGGCACGGCUCCGGGCGCGUGGCGGGGUCGGCACACGGGGCCGUGCAGCCCCCCGGACACUUCCAGCCCACCAAGUACUUUCCGGCGCCCAUCUCCAUGGCCACGCACACAGCCGGCAGCAGCCUGAUGGGGAGCGCCCCCCCAUCCUCCUUCAUGGGGGGCUUCCUGAGCAGCAGCCUGGGCUCGGGGGGGCCCAGCCACCCCGCCGGCCCCGCCGCCUCCCCCCCAGAGCCAGCCUUCUGCGGGCCCCACUCCGGCACCUCCCAGAUCUGGUUCUCCCACUCCCACGAAGCCCCGGGGUACCCCCGCUUCUCCGGGAGCUUGGCCUCCACCUUCCUGCCCAUGGGCCACCUGGACCACCACGGCAACGGCAACGUGCUCUACGGCCAGCACCGCUUCUACGAGAGCCAGAAAGAUAACUUCUACCUGCGGAACCUUCCGGCGCAGCCCCCCCUGCUCCCUGCCAGCCACGGCUUCCCCGGCAUCACCCGCGCUGCCCCUGGGCCCCCCGCCGGCUCCUGCAGCCGGGAGCGGGACACCGGCCCCCUGCCCAAGACCCCCAAGGACUACGAGCGCUUCCUGGUGGGCAAGGAGAAGGGGGGCAAGGGGGACCCCAAGGAACGGCUGCCCGAGGAGGACGCCAAGGAGCGGCACAAGGCGGUGCUGCCGGUGCCGCCCGAGGGGCACUGCAAGGAGGGGGUGCCGCCGCGGGGCUCCGGCGAUGGGCGCCCCAAGCCCUUGGCCUCGUGCCUGCUGGGUGCCAAGGGGCUGGACGGUGACGGCGCCCGCGCGGCGCUGCCCAGCUGUGCCGGGAAUGCCCUGCCCCGCGCUGCCCGCUGCGCCCCCAAGGAGCGGGAGCCGGGGGUCCCCGAGGCGCCGCAGCCCUAUGGCGAGGCCGUGGAGCGCCGGCAGAUGCUGCACCACGCCGUGUCCUACGCCGUGCCCGCCGCCGGCUCCUUCCCCUGCCUCCCGCUCCACGCCGGCCCCGAGGUGCUGUGCCCGCUGCCCGAGCCCCCCGCCCGAGAGCUGAAGCUGAGCGGGGCCACGCUGGUGCCCUCGGUGGGACCCCCGGCGGACAAGAGCCGCUCGUUCCAGGUGGAAUCCGGCGGGAUGGAGCGUGGGGACGGCAAGGAGCGGCACACCGAGGCGGGCACCGAGCCCUACGGUGCCCCCUUCCACCACCCGCUGAAGGCCGAGGGGCCGGCGGAGCGGCGGCUGGACUGGGGGGCUCCUGGCACCCGGCUGAAGGGGCUGGAGUACCUGGGGGGCAGCGCAGCUGAGGGACCCCCCUUCUCCAGCCGGUGCCCGGCGCCCAAGGGGGGGCUGGAGAAGAGCUACUUCGAGGUGCCACCAGCCCCCGACUGCUCCCGUGCCCCCCGCCCUGACCCCCUGGGCGUCCGUGUCGGCCCCUCCUGCUGCACUUUAGAGAAGGGCCCCCCCAAGGACCCCCCGGCCCAGAAGGUGGCUCGGAUCCGGCACCAGCAGCACCCCGAGGCAGAGGCAGCCGAGGGCAAGCGCAAGCCCCUGGAACUGGGUGCCCUGGGCUACAGCGGGCACCCCCUGCCCCCCUGGGGGGUGCAGGGCCAGGGGCCCCCCCUGGCCGUGGCGGAGGAGCGGAAGGGGGGGCCCUACCUGGACCCCUUUGGCACGGGGCUGGUGCGGGCGCAGGAGGUGCCCAACGCCCCCGACGAGGUCUCGGCCAUGAAGAACCUGCUCAAAUACAGCAACGGGGCCCUGCUGGGGGGGCAGAAGGGCCCCCCCUUUGUGGGGCUGGCGGGCACCAAGGGCAGCUGCGCCCACCAGGACGCCAAAUUCCCGUCGGGGAAGGGGCAACUGGAGCUGGAGCGGCCGGACUGUGCCCGCGGCCGGGAGCACGAGGCGCUGGGCCCUGGCGGCACCGAGGGCGAGGUGCGGCAGCCGCCCGUGGGCAUCGCCGUGGCCGUGGCGCGGCAGAAGGACACGCUGGGCCGCCACGAGCCCUACGGCAACGGCGGCACCGGGGGCACCGGGCGACAGCGGGCAGCAGCCGGAGUCAAAG